AUGGAAGUGAAAAAGUUGAGCAUUUCCUGGCAGUUCUUGAUAGUUCUGGUUCUGAUCCUGCAAAUUCUGUCUGCGUUGGAUUUUGACCCAUACAGAGUCCUAGGGGUCAGCCGAACAGCCAGUCAGGCUGAUAUUAAAAAGGCUUAUAAGAAGCUCGCCCGGGAAUGGCAUCCUGACAAAAACAGAGAUCCUGGAGCAGAAGACAAGUUCAUCCAAAUUAGCAAGGCUUAUGAGAUUCUUUCCAAUGAAGAAAAGAGGUCCAAUUACGAUCACUAUGGAGAUGCCGGAGAGAACCAGGGCUACCAGAAGCAGCCGCAACAGCGGGAAUAUCGCUUCCGGCAUUUCCAUGAGAAUUUUUACUUUGAUGAGUCCUUUUUUCACUUCCCUUUUAAUUCGGAGCGGCGGGACUCCAUUGAUGAGAAGUAUUUAUUGCACUUCUCACACUACGUGAAUGAAGUGGUUCCAGAUAGCUUCAAGAAACCCUACCUCAUCAAGAUCACCUCAGAUUGGUGCUUUAGCUGUAUCCACAUCGAGCCUGUUUGGAAAGAGGUAGUUCAAGAACUGGAAGGAUUGGGUGUAGGAAUUGGCGUGGUCCAUGCUGGGUACGAGAGACGCCUGGCCCAUCACCUGGGAGCGCAUAGCACUCCCUCUAUCCUGGGAAUCAUAAAUGGGAAAAUCUCCUUCUUCCAUAAUGCAGUCGUCCGCGAGAACCUACGACAGUUUGUAGAAAGUCUUCUUCCAGGGAACUUGGUGGAGAAAGUUACAAAUAAAAAUUACGUCCGAUUCCUCUCUGGCUGGCAGCAAGAGAAUAAACCUCAUGUCCUUCUGUUUGACCAGAUGCCCGUCGUACCACUGCUGUACAAGUUGACUGCUUUUGCAUACAAAGAUUACUUGUCAUUUGGAUAUGUACACGUCGGUUUGAGAGGGGCGGAAGAGAUGACAAGACGGUACAAUGUCAAUGUCUAUGCCCCCACCAUCUUGAUCUUUAAAGAACACAUAAACAAGCCUGCAGAUGUUAUCCAGGCCCGAGGUAUGAAGAAACGGGUCAUUGACGACUUCCUCACCCAAAACAAGUAUCUACUGGCAGCCAGGCUCACCAGCCAGAAGUUCUUCCAUGAGCUCUGCCCCGUAAAGCGGUCUCACCGACAGAGGAAGUACUGUGUGGUUUUACUGACCCCCGAGGCUACCAAGUUGAGUAAACCCUUUGAGGCUUUCCUGUCCUUUGCCCUGGCAAACACACAAGACACAGUGAGAUUCGUGCACGUCUACAGCAAUCGACAGCAAGAGUUUGCCAACACCUUACUACCAGACAUUGAUACGUUUCAAGGAAAAUCAGCGGUGUCUAUCUUGGAAAGGCGCACCACGGGAGGAAGGGUGGUGUAUAAAACCCUGGAGGCUCCCUGGACAGGGAGUGAGAGUGAUAAAUUCACGCUUUUGGGCUAUCUUGACCAGCUGCGCAGAGACCCCGCUCUGCUGUCCUCAGAAGCUGUGCUCCCGGACCUGACAGAUGAACUUGCCCCUAUCUUUCUCCUCCGGUGGUUCUACUCUGCUUCUGACUACAUCUCAGACUGCUGGGACAGCAUAUUUCACAACAACUGGCGGGAAAUGAUGCCCCUUCUGUCCCUGGUCUUCUCUGCCCUCUUUAUCCUCUUUGGCACCGUCAUCGUUCAGGCUUUCAGUGACUCAAACGAUGAGCGAGAGUCUAACCCUCCAGAUAAAGAGGAAGCUCAUGAGAAGGCCGGGAAGACUGAGCCAACCUUCACCAAAGAAAACAGCAGCAAGAUUCCUAAAAAAGGCUUUGUGGAGGUAACGGAGCUCACAGAUGUAACGUACACCAGUAACCUGGUCCGCCUGAGGCCAGGCCACAUGAACGUGGUCCUCAUCCUGUCAAAUUCCACCAAGACCAGCCUACUACAGAAAUUCGCUUUGGAGGUCUACACAUUCACUGGGAGCAGCUGCCUGCACUUCUCCUUCCUGAGUCUAGAUAAACACAGAGAAUGGCUGGAAUACUUGCUAGAAUUUGCUCAGGAUGCAGCCCCGAUCCCAAACCAAUACGACAAGCAUUUCAUGGAGCGUGACUACACAGGUUACGUGCUGGCCCUGAACGGUCACAAGAAGUACUUCUGCCUCUUCAAGCCCCAGAAAGCAGUGGAAGAGGAGGAGGCCGUGGGGUCCUGCGGUGAUCUUGACUCUUCCCUCCAUCUGGGCGAAACUCGAGGGAAAUCUUCCUGUGGCCUUGGACCCAGGCCCAUCAAAGGGAAAUUGAGCAAGUUGUCCUUAUGGAUGGAGCGCCUGCUCGAAGGCUCCUUACAGAGGUUUUAUAUCCCGUCGUGGCCUGAACUAGACUGAGGGAGCUCGAGAGAGACUUUAACUCUUCAGGCUUUUUAAUAGGCCC